ACCUUUCCUCUACUUGUCGUCCAUGGAACUUUCUGCAACUCCUUUUUGAUGUAUUUUUUUCUCCCAUUCUCUCUCAAACCUCAAAACCCUAAUUUGACCCUCGAAAACUCCCAAGAUCUCCAAUCUACGUCACCCCAAAAAUGGCUACAUCACGCAGAUCCAUCCCUCUCCUGAGAACCCUUAUAGCUGGAAAAACCCAAACCCGUACCGUAACGUACAUGCCCCGGCCGGGAGAUGGUGCCCCGAGACCUGUGACCCUAAUCCCAGGAGACGGGAUCGGACCUCUGGUGACGAACGCUGUGGAGCAAGUGAUGGAAGCGAUGCACGCGCCGGUUUACUUCGAGAAGUACGAAGUCCACGGCGACAUGAAGCGUGUACCGCCGGAAGUCAUGGAUUCGAUAAGGAAGAACAAGAUUUGUCUAAAAGGCGGCCUGAAAACGCCCAUGGGAGGCGGAGUCAGUUCGUUGAAUAUGCAAUUGAGAAAAGAACUGGAUCUAUACGCAUCAUUGGUCAACUGCUGUAACUUACCGGGUCUGCCCACCAGACACGAGAACGUGGAUAUUGUCGUGAUUAGAGAGAACACUGAAGGUGAAUAUUCAGGUCUUGAACACGAAGUUGUGCCCGGCGUUGUGGAGAGCCUUAAGGUUAUAACCAAGUUUUGUUCGGAGCGGAUUGCGAAAUAUGCCUUUGAAUAUGCUUAUUUGAACAAUCGAAAGAAGGUUACUGCUGUUCAUAAGGCCAAUAUUAUGAAGCUUGCUGAUGGGUUGUUCUUGGAGUCUUGCCGUGAAGUAGCAACUAAAUAUCCGAGUAUCAAGUAUAAUGAAAUCAUUGUGGACAAUUGCUGUAUGCAACUCGUUUCGAAACCGGAGCAAUUCGAUGUCAUGGUUACUCCUAAUCUUUAUGGAAAUCUUGUUGCAAAUACGGCUGCCGGUAUAGCUGGAGGCACUGGUGUCAUGCCCGGAGGCAACGUGGGAGCUGAAUUCGCCGUGUUCGAGCAAGGUGCUUCUGCGGGAAACGUGGGGAAAGAAAAAAUAUUAGAGCAAAAGAAGGCAAAUCCGGUGGCAUUGCUUCUCUCAUCUGCCAUGAUGUUGAGACAUCUACAGUUCCCUUCUUUCGCCGAUCGACUCGAAAGUGCAGUGAAACGUGUGAUCUUGGAGGGCCAGUACCGGACCAAAGAUCUCGGCGGCGAUAGCACAACACAAGAAGUUGUCGAUGCAGUCAUUGGUAAGCUAGACUGAUUUGGUUCUCAAAAUGAUUUGCUUAUUCUCAACCAAUGGGUUUUAUCCCAGAACCAUCUUAAAUUUUUCCAUAUGUCAUUCAUGAUAUUAAAUUUUCUCUUUAUGCAAGUUAAGGUGGAUUAUAACACUAUUACAUUGGAUGAAAUAAACAUCUGGGCUAUUCAGACAUUAA